AGACGAAAAAAAUAAGUAGCUAACUGUAAAGAGCUACUUUUAUUCUACACCGAAUAACGCAAAGAUUAAUUUCGCGUGCUUGUGUUAAAGUGUAGGCUAUCCUUCAUGUGUAGCCCAAACAAACAACUAAACAAACAUGUCAUUACGGUAAUUGUUGUAAUUGACCUGCAUUAUAUCGCAAAUAGACUUCAGUGUAACUGACCAAUUUGAUAUCCCUAGCUAGGCGACAUUGACGCUGUAGCAAGCAAAAUUGGAUUAAAACUGAAAAAGUGAAUCAUUUUAUAGACAUAAUUAGUUAGCCUACCAACUAGCGUACACAUGUUCUUUGCCUCAGCGUAAUUUGACAAAGCAAUAGUUUCUACAUUUGAUCGUGUAUAAAGUUGCGGUGCAAGUAGGCUAUAAGAUGUAACAUUGUUUGUACGUGAUCUUGCCUCCUUGUCGCUUCACUGAAAUAUCUUUCGUUUGUAAAUGAGUAUGAAGACGAGGAGACCGAAUGCUUUGGGAUUUUAAGAGAACCCUGACAUGUCUGGUCCUACCUGGCCGCCUCCAAAGACUCUGGGUAGCCCAGUGAGACCGGUCCCUCGACUGUCCCAAUCUGGACCAGCCGUGUACAGACAGCUGCCCAUGAAGGUUUCCUCAGACACCCGGCCCAAGUAUGUGGUCCAUGACCAGAACAGAGGAGGAGGCGGAAUGGCCGCUAGGUACUUGGCUACAAGAUCCACAGCUGGGCCCAUGCAGCACCACCACCAAGAGGACCCAGGGUUUCACCCUAAAUCUAUUGACCACUACUACCAACCACCUCCCCACCGGCUCAAAGAAGACCAAUCCUUGAACCCUCACAUGGACCGCUACCAGCUGAUGCACCACUCCAACAUCGAUGCAGAGAUUGACUCGCUCACCUGCAUGCUAGCCGAUCUGGACAGCCAUCCACAAAACAGCGCACAGCUGUACGACAACGUGCCUUACGACAAACACAUCUCAGGGGACUGCUACAAACCCUCAGCCCAGCUAGGAGAACCCUCUCAGGGUAGGCAGUCCAUGGGAUUCUCCCCUCACCCCCAAUCCCAGUCCCAGUACCCUCCUGCACACCCAUACCCCAGUGAUCCCCACCAGGGUCUCCAGUACUUCCCUCAGGCAGACUACACCGUCGCCCAGGUAUCCAAACGCUACCCCCAGCCUGUCCCUGCCCCCUACACUACCGCCUCCACUCCUACUGGCCCGAGGUUUAGUGUCCAGGUCAAAACAGCCCAGCCUGUCACCAACUCCCAGACUGGUAGGCAAGCCGAACAGGCUUACACCCCUCCCCCACACCGCCAGCACGCGUUGUGGCCCCCAUCCCAGAAUCAGACGGGCCCCCUGGGCUGGUACCCUCCACAACCCGAUUCCCAAGCCCAGGAGCUGCACUCUGAGAAGGGUUACAAGGGGAGUGAUGCAGGGUCUGGAGGGAGAGCUACCCAGUGCCCCAUGUCCAAUAGAGGCCCAGAGACUCACCAAUCAGGGUCAGGCUCGGCACCAAGCUCCGCCUAUCAGCCUAGUAAGCAGGGGACAGCAGCUCUGAGGCCAGAGGAGGAGUUGGACCAGCUCACUAAGGAGUUGGUGUAUGACAUGAAUCAUCCCCCUACAGAAGAAUACUUUGGUCGCUGUGCACGUUGCGGUGACAACGUCCUUGGCGACGGCAGUGGUUGUAUUGCCAUGGAUCAGGUGUUCCACGUGGAGUGUUUCACUUGCAUCACCUGCCACACUCGUCUCCGGGGGCAACCGUUCUAUGCCCUGGACAAGCAGAGCUACUGCGAGAGCUGUUACAUUAGUACCCUAGAGCGCUGCUCCAAGUGCUCCAAGCCCAUCCUGGACCGUAUCCUACGGGCCAUGGGCAAUGCCUACCACCCGCGCUGCUUCAACUGUGUUGUGUGUGGCUGCUGCCUGGAUGGUGUGCCCUUCACCGUGGACGCCACCUACCAGAUCCACUGUAUAGAUGACUUCCACAGGAAGUUUGCCCCUCGCUGCUCAGUGUGUGGCCAGGCCAUCAUGCCCGAGCCUGGCCAAGAGGAGACGGUCAGGAUAGUGGCGCUGGACCGCAGCUUCCACGUCAACUGCUAUGUGUGUGAGGAGUGUGGUCUGCUCCUGUCGUCUGAGGGUGAGGGGCGAGGCUGUUACCCCUUGGACGGUCACAUCCUGUGUAAGGGCUGCAGCGCCCGGCGCAUCCAGGACCUCUCCGCUAAAAUAUCCACUGACUGCUAACCAACUAAGGAAAAUCACAUCUUACCUUUUUAACCUAUGACCCCCUCAACCCUUUCAUUACUUUCACCUGCUUUACGUAGAAGUUGCCGUAAGGACCAGAUCUGGAAUCAGUUCUACCCUUCUUUGACUCAUAAUCUUAACCACAAGGGGGAAAUGUUAACCUGACUUGAGAUCAGUGUCGAAGGGCAUCUUCAGCCCCCUUCACUUUAAUCCUCUCAGCCUUUCUUUAUACUUCAGAUGCCCAAAGCUGAGGAAUCAGUAGUAGUUGGCCUACUAUUGAACCUCAAUCUGACAGUCUUCAAUAUGAAGUCAUUAUUUAAUUUCCCUUGACCAGGUUUAUUUGUACAGGUUCAAGACAGGGUAUUGAAACAUGGCUUGACAAUAAGUUCGACCCCUAUCCCCUUCCGUAUCCUCUGCUUUACACUAUCACCUAUCCUCUACAUUCUCUACCCCUACUCCCUUUCCACCACACCCUAUCCCCUACCCCUCAGUCCCAUAGCAGUACUGUAUAGAGCCCCUGACCUGCAGGCAGCAGGGGCUGCACUACCCCAAACCCUUCAUUCCACCAUUGCUCAUCUCACACACUAUCCUGCAUGUUGCACACUAGAGCUGUUUGAAUACUCAUACUAACCAUACUAUUUGUGAUGUGAAUUGUCUAUAUACUAUGCUUAUUGGUCAUAGUAUGGAAAUAGUUAGUAUGCCAAACGUUCCUGUAUAUCUUACUAAAUGGUUUCUUGCACCAAAAUAAGAAGUAAUCCAGUAAUCGAAAGGUUGCUGGAUUGAAUCCCCGAGCUGACAAUGUAAAAAUCUAUCUUUCUGCCCCUGAACAAGGCAGGUAACCCAUUGUUCCUCUGUAGGCGGUCAUUGCAAAUAAGAAUUUGUUCUUAUCUAACUUGCCUAGUUAAAUAAAAGUCAUUACAGCAGUAUAUUCAGGCGGUAUGUUAGCUAGGCUACUUAUACAUUCGUUGCCUACUUAUACAUCAAACUUGCCAGUAUCUUAUCUAUAGGCUAUCUAACUACCCAACGUUUAUUGACUUGCUUAUUCCCGUCAUUCUUAGUUUAGCUAAAUGGCAUAGUCGUUGGACAUUCGGAUGCUUUCUUAAAUUCUCGUCUGUGUACCAGAGCGCAGGAUAAUUCAUUUACAAGCGCUCAACACCUGUUGAAUAUGGCCGGUGUCAGUAAACGUCGGCAAAAAAACGUACUUAAAUUGUUGCCAGCAGCACAGUUAGUCACUAACGCUCUGGAAUACAUGAACACUGCAUAAUCAGAUCUGCUAGGGCGAGUAAAUGGUCAGUGGUUUCAUUUGUCUGGAUGUAGCCAAUGUUAGCUUGGGGUCAGAAGGCUGAAAUAAACUUUACUCCUCGUCCAGAGCGUCCAGUGUGCGCUCAGAGAGCGGAAUGCUCUGAAUUUACAAGCGCAGUCUGGCACUCCAGAUUGAGUUUAAGAACACACCCGAAGUCGUAAAACGUCUUAUCUAGUAAUUUAUGCAAACUAGCUAGUAAGAGGUUGUAUAUUAACAUUCACAACUUCCGGUAGACAGGCGAAGCGCUAGUACCUUCAACUGUAAGGAUCCCAUUUCGUUCACAGUAUACUGACAUGAACUAAUCGUUUGUAGUACUCAUUAUGUACUAUACAGUAUGUUAGUAUGGGUAUUUCCAACACAGAUCAUGUCUCACACACACGAUCCUGCAUAUGUUGCACACUGUCUCACACACUAUCCUACCAGACACAGGUGGGACAUGAAAGGAGCUCUAUGGAAAAUAAUGAUUGAUAUAUAUUGACGAUGUGGUGGAUGAUAACAUGAACAUUAGGUGAUAUUGAGGAAGAGGAUAAUGAGGAAUACAAUGUCUUCCUUGCUGUUGGGUAACAGUCCAGAUAAUGGAACAUGUAUUUUUUUAUACCACUAAAGUUAAUAACCGUGCUGAUCUGCCUCAUAAGCAAAGUACACACAUGCAAAGUAUUUCUGUGACUGAGUUUAUAUUGCAGGUGGUUUUGGUUGUGGAGUGAAUGUGUUUGGAGACCUUUCAUUGGAGACCAAGUGGGUGUAGUCAGUGUGUUGUGCAGUGAAUAAGAGUUUUUAGAAAGUAGACGGAAAGAAAGAUUGGUUAGAGAGAACAUGAUCAGUAAAGUCGAUCCUUUGAUCUCAUUGGAUGUUAAUAACGUAUUUUUUAAAUUUAAAUGCAACCUUUUUUUAAACUAGGCAAAUCCGUUAAGAACAAAUUCUUAUUUACAAUGACUGCCUACCCCAGCCAAACCGGACAACGCUGGGCCUAUGGGACUCCCAAUCAUGGCCGGAUGUGAUAGACUGGAAUCAAACCAGGGACUGUAGUGAUGCCUCAUGCAGUGCCUUAGACCGCUGCGCCACUCGGGAGCCCUUAUGCACUGUAGCCCGUCAUGUAAUGGUAUUUGGCACCACAUGACAGAACAUAACAUCAAUAUUGUAUUCCCCAGGACAGCGUUUUGUAGAAUGAUAAUGGUACUGCAUUUCAGAGAAUGUUACUUGUAUACCAGUCCAAACCCCCUCUUUUAAAAUGUGAAUGUGCUUUUCAAAUGUUUUUCCUUUUUAAAUAUUUGGGUUGAUUUGAUAUGUUACAAUGAAGAUGAAUAAGGUGCAAUGAAGUAUG